AUUAUGGCGGCUGAUUGGUCCGUUUGACACGAUAAAUGGAGUCAGGUGCAGGUACCAGAAGCGUUUCUUUGUUUUCAGGGCUGGUGACUGGUGUUGAAUUGUUGUAAAGACGGAAAAUUCCCGCCUAGCUAUUAACGCUGAUCAAUACGAAAGAGUUCAUUGUGUGUUUUAACAAUAUCGGAUCAAAAUACGAGAAAGUUUUUGAUUACACGCUCCAAAACUGCCUCAAAGAACCUCAACUUGUUGAGACAUAAGUUGAAAUUGAAAUAAUUAAAAAACCGUUCAUACAAUAAACUGUAAAAAAGAAAAUUAACAAGCAGAUUUUUUGCAGUGUUGACGUGAAUGCACGGCUUAUUCUUUCUUCUCUUCAGCUAUUAAUUUUAUUGGGCGUUCACGGUUCUGUACACGCACAGCAUUCUAAAACAUGAAACUUUUGUUAUCUUCACGCUGUGAAGAUUUACCGUCACGAUAUCACAGAAAACAAAAGUUUUUGGAAGGUCAACAACUAGUUAUAAGAAAAGAUGAAACUCGUGCAAUUAUUUGAAGACCGCUUUGGAGGCCUAUUUUGCCUGAACACACAUUUUCCGUUCAAACGUGUUAUUUCUAUAACGAGAUAACGCUGACCAGAAUGAUAGCUUUAUAGUUGUUUAUUAAUUUCCUCUGGUACAUGUCAUCAAGCUUUUAAUACUUAAUAAUUUAUUAAUGACUUUGUUCCCAGCCUUUGUUCUGAGACUACUUGUUUGGGAUCACGAGGAGAGUUUAGAACCAGGGAUUUUGUUAAACCAAUUCAUGCAAUUUUGAACGAUGUGGAAGCCGGGCUGGUUAAUUCUUGUAUUUAUAGCUUGUUUAGAAGUUAAAGGUAAGCUUACAAAGUACUAUGAACUAAGAUAUUAGCAAAUGAUCAAUCUUAUGUCAUUAUUUAUGAAAUAUCAUUAUAUGAAAGACAGAGUGAUUCAUCAUUUGCCUAUGAACGCCUCUAUUUCUGUUAAUUUUUGUUGGAUGAUUGUCCCUCUUUUAACCUUCAAUGAAAACUUCAUGAUCCGGCCUAGAAGUUACGUUGGAAAACAACGAAACAAAGUUAUAGAAAAUCACCAAAAAUCCAAAACCUGUUGUUAUUUCCGCGAUAUAUUUUUCUCGCUUGUUUCAUAGCUUUUCUGCUACUUUUUGUGGUUUCGUUAAAUUGUAUAACUUUCAAUCCAGAGAAGGCAACUUAAUAAGACAGCCAAAAUUUCGUAUAAAAAUUGUUCCUUAAAAAAAAUCUCAAAGUGUCGUAGAUGGUACGCCUGUUAGUUCUUUGAAACCAUUAAUAUUACAUAAGCAAUGGCGACUUCGACUCAGUUAAUCUCUUCUCUUAAUUUACUUUUCUGCAGUUAACGGAAAAUUUCAUAUAAAACCAAAAAGUCACAAAUCCACGGAAAAACAGACAUAUGAGAAAGAAAGUGAGUAUGUUUACUAAUAUAUAUAGCGCUCAAAACAUAUGAACUUUAUUAUUGUUAUACUGUCACUUAAGAAAGAGAUAUUUGCAGACGAGAAACCCUUUAGUUAGAUUUGAGUGUUAUUAGAAAGGCAGUCAUAAUCUGCGACGUAAGAUUACCGGACAAAUGGGGGAAAUACACACCGUUAAAACUGGACCUUUUACAGAGCUAGUGAAAUGUCCAUUAUAUUGUAAAUUUGUAGACUUUUUAUGAGUGCAAAUCUUCCAAACCUUUUUCACAGGGAAAACAAAAUGUCUGUAAAAAGUUUGCAGAUGUUUCAUAAAGUUUUUUUUGAUGUAUUUAUAUCGAAUACGGUCAUAAAAAUUCUCUUAGUUUUUCCUGCGGAAUGAAGUGAGGAGACGAAGACUUGACCAAAAACUCUGAAAGACCUUUGUAAAUCAGUUGACAUUUAUAGGGAUUGUCUUGAGUUAUUUCUUCCCGUAAAAUCUCUGUAAAAUGGAAUAAGCAGGGCAAUACCCUUAGCUCUGAACACGCACACUUGAAAUUUUAUGUCGAUACGUACAAAAUUCAGGUUCAAAAUUCAGUGUCUUUGUAGCCCUAUAAUCCAACCUAACAUGGCUUUAUACCCAGAUUUAAUGAAAUCAAGCGUGCGAUAGGAUUAAAAUAUAACUUUAUCCUUUUACCCUAAUCAGGUCUAUUUAAAAGACCUAAUUGAUCCUCGAAAACGAGAGAGGUUAUUUUCCGUUAAGCUUGUCAUUUAUCUUGUGCGCACGAUUUCAUAUUCAACAACACCCCACAUUAGAAUCAUUUUCAGUUUCUGUAUUAUAAAAGUGAUAAAUCGCUUGGACAAGGUUUGUCAUGUAAACUGCUUCUUUGAUUCGUUUUCCUUCGCAGCAAAACAAGUGAAAAGAGACACGGUUCCUGUGCCAAGCGGUAAGGAAGUUAUGAGGUCAUUUUUCUUCACGUCAUGUUUAUAAAACAUUUUGAUUUUCCGCCAUGAGAACAGAGAACGUCCUGUAUAAAUUGUUUAGAAAUUAUUGUUUCAACUAUCAAAUUAUUUUGCCCUCUCACAAGAACCAAACACAAAAAUAAUAAAAAUGCUUGUCAUUCCGCUCCUUAGUCAAAGACCUGUAACUCAAGCUGCGAUAAUUUGAUUGGCUGUGGCAGGUUAAGCUCUUGUUUGAUUGGCCGCUGACUCGUUUGCUAUCUCGUCGAAGGUCGUGUCCCAUUCGCUGCCUUCGAUUUUUUCCUAAGUAUAUCUAUAUUCAUAUCUUUCGAUGGUCCGAAUUUCAGACAUCUCUUCGAGUGGCAUACUCCUGUCGUCCUUGAGAGGUGCGUGCGACUCGAAGGCAUGUCUGAAUUCCGAUUCCAACUUAUUUCCGAAAAAUGUUAAGUUGUUUGUACAUGUCGGUAGCUUGUAGUAAUUAAUUGCAAUGCUAACACUGUAUACACCUGUUUAUAUUUCAUCAGGAUACCCUUCAAGCUAUGGUUCACAGUACACUAAUAUGGCUCAGUCCACCAGUGAAGGUACUCAAUCGCAAAAAGAACCAUAAAUUUAAUAACUUCCGGCCUUUUUAACAGGGAAACCAUAGGAUUUUGAGGGCAGAAAUUCGUCUUUUCAUAGCUUGAGAACAUUUUCAGUUAAGGGAAAAAGUCUAUGUCUACCUGGUUUCUCUAGACAUACAUCUUUUCGCGUACAGACCUUCAAUUACACGCUAGUAUAACAGCCUUAAUGUUUGCGAUUUGCAAACCUACUUCUUACGAGGUUGAGUCCUCUUUAAAAGUCUUUUUAUUUGCUCCGUCUCUAUGAACAAAUGACCAUGUUCUAGUGAAUUCAAUUAGUACCUUUAAGCUCAUGCAGAAAUGUUUGCGGUUAAGUUGCAAAUGUGUUAAAUUCUGUCGGACAGUUAUCUCUAUCAGCACUGGGCCGGUUCGAAGUGUCUGUCUAGAAGAGAGGCAUCUUAAAGAGGGUCAAAGGAUAGACUGAAGAAUGGAAGGGACCAACUUUAGGGAUCUGUUUCACCCAGAUGUUCGCUGGAGAGAAUAGAAUGUACUUCAACAUGAUUUAGGUGUUCACCAUUAUUUUAACGGUAAAUUUGUUCCCCCCACCACUGUUGAUGAUAACUACGUUUCAGCUUACAACACAGCAUCUACUGCUCAGACCAAAUCAGCGAUGCCAUAUCCUGCUGCCUCUCCAGCAACCUCUACAGCAGCAGGUGCUCCUGCCUCAGCUUCAGCAACCACCGCUGCCGCCGCUCCUGCCCCUGCGCCCGCCCCAGCCGCAGCCGCUCCUGCUCCAGCCCCAGCUACAGCACCAGCAUCACCUCCAGCCGCUGCUGCUCCAGCACCAGCUCCAGCAGCUGCUGUCCCGGCACCAGCCCCAGCACCUGCAGCACCCGCUUACGCUGCAGCACCAGCCCCCGCCAGAGCGUCCGUGCCAUCUUAUCAACCUUCAUCCAGUACCUACAGCGUCAACUACAAUCCAGCUCCAGCACCAGCUCCCGCUCCGUACUACUCGUACCCAGCUCCCGCAGCCUAUCCUUAUCCAGCGUAUGCUACCACCAUGAUCGCUUCCGCAGGUAAAAGGUUUCUUUAAUUAAGAAGUAGAUAUAAACUUAGAUUAUCCCGAAUGAGCUACGCUCUAAUUCUUCAUAAAAUAAAGAGAUUUUUGAAUUGAAUGAAAUUCUAAAAAACGUGGACUAUUUUCUUGAUCGUUCUUACGACCUGUACGAUGUAUUGGACAGAUCGAUCAUACCACUUCAAAUAUUAAUGAAGAGGAGUUUUUAUUAUUCACUGUAUCAUUUAAUGCCGACCAGCUGAAGUAUGUUUCUCACUAAAUGCUGAACGAAAACGUCCUUUAGCAUUUACGAUACAACCGUGUAAUGUUUGCAGUAAUUUUUCAGUCUGUGUCAUUAUACGUUUUUAAGCUUAAAGCACAGGUUACCCAGGCUCAGUGAUAGUACCACAGGGCGAGUUCGAAACUUGUAAAAUUACACUGUUUAAAUGGCGUAGUUUCACAAAAUUCCGUGCGAGCAUUAAGGACAACAACAAUUCAGUAACUGCAGAGAAAAUUUCAUUGACGUUUAUUUGGUAUUCACUAAAUAUUUUAGGAUCGUAUCCUUAUCCCAUACAAAGAACACUGCAAUUUUACAAGAUUCGCAGAGUGGUACUAUCACUGAGCCGCCUGGGCAGUCUGUGCUUAAAGAAGCCGCUUGAAGCCACUUACAAAGUACCCACUGCUCAAAUCACCGACUGCCUAAACAGGUAUCGAUUUCAUAAGCAAUACAUAAAACUUAGAAAAAAAUUUGAAAUUUUUACUUUUCAGUUGCGCAAGUGGCUAAAUCUACUGCUAGUCAAGGUACGUUUCGGCAACAUGAACAAUGCUGAGACAGAAACGACACAAACAUCAAUAACUUCGAGAACGAAUAACAUUUAAGACAAUUAUUUAAACAGCGGACGACAUCGAAAAAGCUUCAAUAAAGGCAAAAUGUAAAGCUAAACAUGCAGGUCUUAAAACUAUGAAUAUACCGAACUGAUGUGCAUGAAAUUGUUUCUUUAAACCUUGAAGUUAAAGAAGUUUUAUCACGCUAUCUGCAUUUUUUAAAAAGCUUAAACUUUUCUCGCAUCAAUUGAAUUUCAAAAAUAAUGGUUCGGUUUUGUUAUUUAACACUGUAUUUAAACAUUGAAACUGUUUCCUGUUGUCUUUUGUAACGGAUGGCAAUGAUGGAAAUGGAUUGAACCGUGAAAACGUUGGGCCAACUUUUUCAAGUUUCAAUGCAAUGCCGGCAAAACUUACCAAAAAUAUAUUACGUUUAAUGCUCCCUUUCGAAAUUAAUUGUUUCAUAUCUUCUUGAUAAAUAUAGGAGAGAAUUUUGUAAAUGAAUAAAGACACUAAGUAAUGACUUCAGCACAGAAUUGACCACUAACACAGAAAUAUGCUCGUGACAUCACCCCUUUAAUCACAGUAGUGUGAGUAAUUUUAUGCAGCGUGUUGUUAAGGCAAAACCAGAGGCAUAUCCUGGGGCCCGUUUCUCGAAAGUCCCGAUAAUUAACGGGCCCGGUAAGCUGUCUCCGCUUACAAUAAAGAUCGAGGUUUCAAUAGUUUUGCAUCGAGCAUGAUAAAACUAUCAGUUAGUGAAACAGAAUGGAGUAGUCUGCUAGCCAGGACCGGCGCUCUUAUUCUUUAUAUUUCGAUUUGAAUAUUUGUUUUCGGGCCCGAAAAGUUACCGGGACUUUCGAGAAACGGGCCCCAGGACAGGGUUAUAUGCUUUUGGCAAGGCAUAAUAAUGCACUGAAAACUAAACACAAGGGCACCCAACGACGUUUUCCUCCUAAAUACAUUGAAAUCACUUUUUAGGCUCUCCAGAGUACUUUUAGAUCUCGAUAGAUACAUUCUAGGCGAUGCGAGGACUUCAGUAAUAUUUUCCCCAAAAUUUGAGAUGCAAUUUAGCGAAUUACGAAAAUGAGAAUUUUUUCAGUCCUCUCUCCAUCGCAUUUUUGAAUCGGAAAACUUGUACGAAAAACAGCGUCACCUGGGCAGUGAAAGUUGUCAAAUGUGAAAAAUUAGAAUUCAGAAAAUCGUAGGGAAUUUAUUGCAUAAGCUUCGAAAAUUGUACAUGGAUGGAAUGGUCAUGUAAAAAAUUUUAGCCGUCCUCAAAUAAUAGAAAAUUCUAGGCAAUGUUUGCUUCUCCGAACAGAUACCUCACAGAAAACAGUCGUUUGGAGCCCCUGUAAACAAUAGGUUUAUAACAACGAAAAAAAUAAGUUAUAUAAAAAUAUAUUGAAGCAAGGGUUUAUUAUUUUAAAUACUGAACUCUAUCUUUGUGUCUUUAUCCAGGUUCAAGCAAAGGCAAAGGUAUGUAUUUCGCAUAAAAACGUUUUAUUUUAAAUAUGUCGGCUCCAAAGUCGAAGCGUACCAUGUUGCUAUCUAGAUUUAUGUUACUGAUUCCUUUUUCACAAUCAUUUAUUUGUUUACUAAUUCAGUUUUUAUUUUCUCUCCCACAGCACGAAGCAAUUUGGCAGGUAAGCAAAGAAAAGCAUCUUAGUUGCGAAAGAGUUAGUUUAACAGCGGAAGAUUUAACUUAAGCGGCGGCAGAAUUUACUUUCUCCGGGGUAGUGUUAGCCUUUAACCGCGGCAGGGUUAGCCCUGCAGUAGGCAAAACGGCUUAGCGAGAUUUCAAGGGUUUGUUCCACUCAGUCACAGACUGAAGAUAAUUGAAGAUAAUUGCCCUGCUAACGACUAGACCCUUGUGUUGUUUAGAUAACCAUGUAGAAAUGCCGGUUCCGUCUGCAGCGGGGGGCUAGUACUGAAUAGAUUCCUUAAUAUAAAUGUAUUCAGGAGCACCUUUUACGGACAAGGGCCUUGGCUAGGUUGCAUCUUAAGAUGGCAGAGCCUGAGGGCUCUUACCUUCUGUUCUGGAACAAUAACCUAUUGUCUUGAAAUAAUAUUUACGAGUUCUCCUAAUCUUAAGAUGUUUUUUGCAAUGCGACCUUUGCCUCUUAUUAAUUUAAAGAUGGCCCAAAGUAAGGCAGGCGCUUUCGAAAAAGCUGGCAUGGAUUUUCGGAUCGUGUCUUCAGGCCCUGUCGGUUCAACAGAAUUUCACAAGACCUGCGUCACUUUUUAUAGCUUUUUAGGAUAAAAGAACGUUUAUCUCGCACUUGGCCUCGCUUUGCUGUUGAUUUCACAAUACAUUCUACCACCCGCAAGUUAAAAUUGCGGAAGAUCUAGGAGGAAUUUAGAACAAUUUAUUCCAGGAAUUGUGGAUACGAUAUAUCAUCCAACAAGGGAGUAGAAGUGGUCUUUUUCGGGAAGUUCUACUGAACUGAAGUCAUUUAAGUGGUCGCUGAUGGGAGGUGGUCUCUUACUAGAGGUGGUCAUAGAUAGAGGUUGGACUGUAAUCAGUUUUUAGUAAAAUCCAACUAGUGGUCUAUUAUCAAUGCUGCGUUCUGAUUGGUUGAACUACUACUAGGCUAUAUGUUAUAGCCAACUAGUAGAGAAAAGCGUGGGCUUUUUGGCGGCAAAAAAAGGAUUAAAGUCUAGCUUUAACUAACUAAAAUGUUUUCAUUCUGGAUAUUUUUGCCAACUAGUUGGAUUUACUAAAACAAUUAUUCCUUUCAUUCCUCUGAGUCAAUUCUGCCUCAUGGGCUAUUGACUCAGAGCCCAUUCGGGCUCGAGGAAUAAUUGUUAAAUAUAACAGAAGUACAACCAUUCACAAGAAAUGAGUUAAAUUGCGUGUUGGGGAAAUUCGGAAAUGGCCUACUGUAGUAGUGGCAGACUUUUCUCUUUUUUAAACAUUUUGUUUAGGUGUUUGCAUAGAUGAUGAAAGAGCAAGCAACUUCUGUUUGAAAGCAAGGAACCCUUGCUUUUGUGAAGAAAACCACCACUUCAUGUACAACUACUGCAAAGAUUCCUGCAACUGGUGUGACUCGUCUGAGAAUGUCGGUGAGCAAUUAUAAAUAAACAUUGUUCAUAAGCAAUAACGCAUUUCAGAAUGACCAGAGUGAUAAAUGUUUAGAGACUUAGUUAGACACGUUUCCGUAAUACAUAAAUAUCAACUCAUUAACUCUGUUUCAGUAACCGGCACACAAGCAUACACACAAGCUCAAGCAUAUAUAUAUAUAAAAGGAUAAAAAUGCUCCUUUUCUUGUGCUUGAUCAAAAGUGGAAGAUUCUUCUUAGUCCUUGUAAGCGGAAUAAGACGACGGCGACGGCAACCAGGACGUCAAAAAAGCAAUAGGUUUAUUAAGCAAAACAACAACUUGCAACGUGCAUCAUGUUUUUUUUUACAUUUUUUGCCGUCACUGCACGACUACAAAGUGAAAAUGCCUAAUUUCAAGUUUUACGUAGGACGCAAACAAGCUACGUCAAAAUUUUUCUUGAAGUGACGUUUUCGCUGCCGUCGACGUCGUCGAUGCUAAGGUUCCCUGAUUGUUUCGAAUCGUCACUUCACUGUGACAACAUUGUUGCUAAUAAAACCGUCCUUGUAACAUCGCUAUAAGGAGUUGAAGCAGCUGAUCCGGCAUCAAGCAGGGUGGCUUAAGCUUUGGCAAAUAGUAAGACAAAAUAUGUUUUGAAGAGUUAAAUGAUCGUGCAGUGUGUUCAUCAUCUCAACAGGACACAAAUUCUGGAGAAUUGUCAACGAAGCAGAUCUGGAAAGAUCCUGGGUAAUAAGCCAGGUUAAGUUUUACUCUGACAAGCACGCAAAACAUCCUCUGGAUACUUCAGAUAUUACUAAAGCGUUCGCCAGCUCCAGUUACCUAGGGUAUGACCCUAAAAGUGUGUUUGAUAACAAGACCUCCACCUACUGGCUUCCAAAUGGAUGGUAUAAACACGGCCCAGGCGAGGAUUUCGUUGGCUACGAAUUUUCACAGCCUGUUGCUGUGAAUUCCAUCCGCGUGGUCCACCAAUCAGGACAAGAUAACGUUGUGUCUAAGAAGAUGUUCGUAGAGGCUGCUGAUGCGUACGGAGGACCCUACGUCACCAAAUGGAUCAUUGAAAAUACUAAAGGAAAAAGCAAUAAAAGAUUCAACAAUCAAAGUAGGUGGUUAACGACUUGAUUCGCUCAGAGGUUGUAAUCGUAUAAUAUUUUCUAGUUAAAGGUAUAUUCUUACAGAAUAAAAAAUUCUUUAAGGGCAACCGCGAUGGAAAAAGAAAGUUUAUCCCAAUUUUCUUUCUGAAAGUGGUAGUAAUGUCCCUUUUUAUGUGGAUCCCAAUUUGAAUGGAUAACAAUCGUUGAGUUUUGUUGGGGAAUUAAUGAACCACACACUGCCAAACCAUACAGAUCAGUCCUAACAAGCAUGCGCAUGAAUUACCUGGGUCCGUGGGUUCCAAUUAGGGAUAACUUUAGCACAUACUCUCUCAAACCUAUAGAAGUUACUUGUCAAGCUUGACCCUCGUUUCUUCCAUCUGUUUUUUCAGCAUGUCUUAAUCACUACCAAAAUAUAAAUUAGUCACAGCCGUGCGAUGACAAAGUCGUUGUUUUUUUUUUAUCUGUAUGUCAAUUUCAUUACAAUAGGCAAGAAACCGUUUAGCAAUGCUUCUCUCCACUGUAGUGUAUGACACUGAAGCUAACGAAUAUCGUAAUUGGGGAGAAUCGAAACUCUUAGUUAAGGUACCAUAGGUUAUGCUCAUGUAGUGUGGAGUACCUGCACCUUUACCUUUAGAUCACCUAUUUACGAAGGACAGAUGAAAACUAACAUAAUGCCUUUUUUUUACAGUGUGUCCCCUUUUCUGGAGACGUUUUGCAACUGAUCAAGGUGUCUACUGUUUCAAGUUGAUAACCGAAUUCAUGACCUGGCAUGACGCAAGAGACAAAUGCGGUGAAUACGGCGCCGAUCUCAGCUCCAUCAGAGGCGAUGAGGAAGCAGACUUUGUUAAGAACCAAGUCCAGCUGUGCGGGUAGGUAUCUCUUCAAGUAGACUACAAAUAGUCCCUCAUUUUUCCUCAGGGAUAGUAGAGCGAGCGAAACAUGAGCGCGCGUGAAACUCACCCCACGGGAGAAAAGGCGACACGCGGCAUUUUUCUCUCUCCGCGCCGCGUGUCUCCUUUUCUCGCGUCGGGUGAUUUUCACGCGUGCUCGCGUUUCGCGCGCUCUACUAUCCCUGAGGAAAAAUGGGGGACUACUCGUAGUCUACUCUUCAAAGUAUAUUUGGUAAAAUCAUAACCUGUUGGGUGUAUAGACCACGUGCUUGGGCGGCUUUAAUAACAAAUCAGGUCAACCAAGGAUCGUCUAGUCUCUCGCAUGCGCUUCUCGGAACCUAUCUUAAAUUUGACUCAAGUGACAAGAGUUUUGAUCGGCUUACUAGAUGUAGUUUCUGCGCUGCUUUGCAAAAGUAAUUACUUUAUCAAGAUGGAUCAACCAUAAUUCGUCGAAAGCUGGUCUUACAGAAGUUAUAAUCGGGUUGUUUUUCCCACGCCGAGAGUGGAUCAAUAGAAUAAUUUGCUGUUAUCAUAACCAAUUAAUUCUUGGGGUCCGAAUUGUGGUUGAUACGCACGAUGCAAAAUCUCUCCAACAUGGAGGGCUAGUGCUUUAUCUCGCCUCUUACCCUCGAUCGAUCUAACUCCUAAGCCUCAUCAUCUAGACAAAGUAACAGGCCCAGGAUGACCCCUAAAGAAGUAGUGGUACACAAUGAAUAUGAACUAACGCUCUACUAUCCCUGAGGAAAAAUGAGGGACUACUCGUGGUCUAGCAGUAGCGCGACGUUUGAAACCAUGAAGUCGCGCUACUGUAGCUCGACUUGGUUUCAAACGUCGCGCUACUGCCGUGCUGAACUCAAUUCAUAAAUUAUAAAUACAUUAGAAUACAUUUAAAAGUUUGCUAAACCGUUUUUUACUUAUGUGUUUUGUUUUCGGCAAAAGCCGUUCUAUUCGACUGAAUUAAAUUCGACGUCUGGAACCAAGUCUUGCUAGCGUCGUGCUGCAGUCAAGCUACAGUCGUGCCAGCUUAGCACGGCAGUGGCACGACGUUUGAAACAGAUUUAAGUCAUGUGUCCGAUACGUUUUUUUUUUUCUGAGAACCUGUUAUGGCAUGUCCUCUCGGUGACUGUAUUAACCGAGUUCAGCCAAUGUAAUUUUUUGCCUUUGCUUUCACACAGUUAUACUUGGAUUGGUCUUAACGACUUGAAGAACGAAAGUGACUAUCAGUGGAGCGAUGGCGCAAACUUAACUUAUAAAUCCAUGAAUUCACAAAUGGAUUACAUGAAAGACGAAAGAGCUGAACAGGAAAUGGACUGCAUUGCUUCAGAUCAAAUUGGACAGUGGUCAAAUUUCCAUUGUGAUGAUAAAUUCUACGCUCUUUGCAAGAAGAAGCUUAGUAAGUACCUGAUAACUGUUCAGAGUUGGGUUAACACUCAGCAAACAAAAGGAGUUGGCUUGGAGGAUCGAAGGAUUUAUAUCUACUAGAGGUGAUAGACUAAUAGAGACUUGUUUGACUGAAUGGUAACUUCCUUGCGCUUCCAUUUUUUCGAGUCUUACGAGCCUUUUUAUUAGCUUACUGAAAUUUUAACCUUGAAGUUAACCAGAAUUCCAUUGUUUUACUCUUUUCGUCUCCGGUACGUUCUCUUUACGCAUCAAAUCAAUGUCUUCUAGUCGUUGCACUGAUUCUAGAGAGUAAACAAAAAAUGAUAAAAUGAAAAGAUGAAGGGAAGAGAUUGAAAGGUAAAAGCGUAAGAAGUUCGGUGGUGGGCGUCUUUCUCUUCACGCAUCAUGAAAUCAAUGUCAAGUGCCUUAAAGAUUCAGCAAUCGUUUGCAAUAGUUUGGGAAGUAUUCGUCAAUCGCCAGGGACGUAAAUGUUCAAAUUGUCUAGCCGUUGUGUUUUAGGCGAAUCUUGCACUUAUGUUAUACUGCAAGUUCAUUUCUUUCUAUUGAUAGAACCAGAAGAUGAUGAAGAUGACGAUGAGGCGGAUGAAGUUGAGGAAGUCAAAAGUCACAAACAUCACAUUAAAUACCACAUUUUAAAGAAAAACAAAGUGAGAAAACACAAGAAAAAAGUGAGCUUGGGUGAGUAAGACACAAAAAAAUGACAUUGAAGAAAGAGUUAGAGCCUGAUUUCAUGGAGGUGAGGGGCCUCAGGUAGGUGAGGUAACCCGAGGAGGGUCGCCCAACCUAUCAUGUUAACAUGAUCAAAUCAAAAUGAGAGAUUAUAUGGACAGGCGGGUUACCCCACCUACCUGGGGCCCCCCACCUCCAUGUAAACAGGCCGUAAGUUAACAAUCUGGUACCGUGUCUUUGUCCUGCACUUGUUACUGAAAAUGAGAACAUCGUUGGUUCGACCACUUUGGUACUCACUAGUGUAUUGUAGCCGCAAAUAUAAUGAAAUUGAGCAAGAAAUCACCCAUCUCAUGACUGCAGCUUUUAGAUCCUUUUCUAGAAUCGAAAGAGCUAGAGAAUCAUAAGAUCGCCUGUUGCCCUAUUUAAAAUUACAAUUUAACACUUGUAUAAGUUCAGAUAUUGAAGCAAGCUUUUUUUUGCUGCAGCUGAAGAACUCAAAGACGCUAAAUCAAGCGGAGCUGAAGAGGAAGAUGAGGAGGAGACAGCCGACGAGGACGCCAUUCGGGAGGCUGUGAAAGCUCAGAAGAAUUCUAAGGACAGCGGAGAAGAAGAAGAAGAAGACGACGACGACGAUGAAGGAGAAGAUUCUGCCUCAGGAUCGGGUCGAUCGGCCAGCACCAUUCCGAACAAGCCAAAUAAGAGGUCUCCGCACAAAGUUUGGAAAUUCUAGAGCACUGUUUUAAUUGUCAUGUCCAAGUAAUGGAAGCAUUGUAUAACAAAUGUAGUUUUACUGGGUAGCUUAAAAAGGCUCUUCCAGUUGAAAAAUAAUGGCUUUACUGGAAAAUACGAGGGAAUAUAGAUCCAUGACUUCUUUCUAAGCCAAAGUUACUGAGCAAGGGUGAGAGCCAAUGCUUUCAUUACACAAUGCAUGAUGUUAGAAUAGAAAAGACUUAUGUUUUCUAAAAAGGAAAAAAAAAACAGUACAAAGAUGCUUAGUUUUAUUUUCACAGAAAAAAAAAUGAAAAGGGGGCCUCUCUGGCUAAAACGGGGAGGAUAAUUAUAUUACUGCUCAUUAACGAAAGUCAGGUUGUCCCUUACCGUCCAGUUUCCCUUUGAGAUUCCUGAAAAGAGUUUUGAAUAAUAUUAUAUAUAGUCAAAGACUUCAACACCCUUUCCUCCAUCUUUAUUUCAAGAUCUCUUUCUAAGAAAAAAUAAAUGGGUGGUAUCCAAUUGAAGUGGAGAAUGUAUUUUUUGCUUAAAAGCAAAAAAUAUUGGAAGACAAAAAGUCAACGUUGGAGCAUUUCUGUUGUUUGUGUAACUACUCGGAGGGAUACUCCCCCCUAUACCGGGAGGGUCCGCCGAAAAGGGGUACCUUUUCCAGGAAUCACGUAUGUAAAACGGUAGGGAAUUCAAGAUACGAAGUAUACAAAAGGGUAGGAAAAUCUCUCAUUUAAGUUUUAAAAGGGCCUUUGGUGAAAAUUGAGACUCUAAGAUCCGGGGACGCGAUGGCAACGAGAACGUCAACAAAACACUAAGUUUAGAAGGAAGGAUAUUUCUUUGCAUUUCUUUGCCGUUUUUGCACGACUACUACGUGAAAUUGCCUAAUUUUACAUUUUAGAGAGACGUAAACAAGCGACGACGAAAUUGUAUUUCUCUUUUUGAACUUGGAUAGGGAUCCUAGGGAUUCAACUCUUGGGGGUUCGCCUACUUUUGAUAAAAUAAAUGGUUAGGAAUAAUCGCGAUUAAGACUGGAAGAACGUAAAUUCGCUUUUCAAGCGACGUUUCUACUGUCAUCACAUCGUCGGAUCGUAAAGUCCCUACUGUUUUGAACAGACGCGCCUUAUGCCUAGAUCAUCUUAACUUAUCAAACGUUACAAGAAAAUGAUAAGAACACUUUCUGUUUUGGUCAUUUAUUCUUAUCAAGUAGGUAUGUUGAGGGGCUACCAUUUUUCAACAGAAGGUAUACGAAAGGGGUGCCUUUUGCGUCAAAAAUGGUAUAUAAAAGGGUAAGAGGUUGGACCUCGGGGCGUAGCCUACCCGUAUAAAACUCCGUUGAGUACUCUCCGCGUGUAAUUCGGGUUAUGCAAUACUGUGAUGUGUAAACAGCUUGUAAGAAUUCUUAAAAAUGUCCCUAACUUUAGUUAUUUUUGAUUGAUUUUCAAGUUAUUUACUAGUAGUCUAGCCGUCUUUUCGUGUACAUUUUCUUUGAGUUUUACCAAUGAUUCUAA